GAAAGAAAAAAAAAGAUGAAGUUGGGCAAAGUGGAGUUCUGCCAUUUUCUGCAGCUAAUAGCUCUUUUCCUGUGUUUUUCUGGGAUGAGUCAAGCAGAACUCUCAAGGUCCAGAUCAAAGCCCUAUUUCCAAUCAGGGAGGUCCCGGACCAAGCGCAGCUGGGUGUGGAAUCAGUUCUUUGUGCUGGAGGAGUACAUGGGUUCAGACCCCCUCUAUGUAGGAAAGCUUCACUCUGAUGUUGAUAAAGGAGAUGGUUCCAUCAAAUACAUCUUGUCAGGCGAAGGGGCAAGUUCCAUUUUCAUUAUUGAUGAGAACACUGGGGAUAUUCAUGCUACCAAGAGGCUGGAUCGCGAGGAGCAGGCCUACUACACCCUUCGAGCCCAAGCGCUGGACCGGCUCACCAACAAGCCCGUGGAACCCGAGUCGGAGUUCGUCAUCAAGAUUCAGGACAUCAAUGACAACGAACCUAAAUUCCUGGACGGCCCGUACACUGCAGGAGUUCCCGAAAUGUCUCCUGUGGGGACCUCAGUGGUACAAGUGACAGCAACGGAUGCUGAUGAUCCUACGUAUGGCAACAGCGCCCGAGUGGUCUACAGUAUCCUGCAAGGACAGCCAUACUUCUCAGUGGAGCCAAAGACAGGAGUCAUCAAGACCGCCCUUCCAAACAUGGAUAGAGAGGCUAAAGACCAGUAUUUGCUUGUUAUUCAGGCAAAGGAUAUGGUUGGUCAAAACGGAGGACUCUCUGGAACCACGUCGGUCACCGUGACCCUAACUGAUGUCAACGACAACCCGCCUCGCUUUCCUCGAAGGUCGUACCAGUAUAACGUCCCAGAAUCAUUGCCAGUGGCUUCCGUUGUGGCCAGAAUUAAAGCUGCCGAUGCAGAUAUAGGAGCUAAUGCUGAAAUGGAAUACAAAAUUGUGGAUGGUGAUGGAUUUGGGAUUUUCAAGAUUUCUGUUGACAAAGAUACACAGGAAGGAAUCAUUACUAUACAGAAGGACCUGGAUUUUGAAGCCAAAACAAGUUACACGCUACGGAUAGAAGCUGCAAACAGAGAUGCCGACCCUCGCUUUCUAAGCUUGGGACCGUUCAGCGACACGACAACCGUGAAGAUAAUUGUGGAAGACGUGGACGAGCCCCCUGUAUUUUCCUCACCCCUGUACCCCAUGGAGGUGUCGGAAGCUACCCAAGUUGGGAAUAUCAUUGGGACCGUAGCAGCUCACGACCCAGAUUCUUCCAACAGCCCUGUGAGGUAUUCAAUUGACAGAAACACAGACUUGGAGAGAUACUUCAAUAUUGAUGCCAACAGUGGAGUUAUUACAACCGCCAAAUCUCUGGAUCGAGAGACAAAUGCUGUUCAUAAUAUCACAGUCCUUGCAAUGGAGAGCCAGAAUCCAUCUCAAAUAGGAAGAGGCUACGUGGCCAUCACUAUACUUGACAUCAAUGACAACGCCCCUGAAUUUGCCAUGGACUAUGAGACCACCGUUUGUGAAAACGCCCAGCCAGGCCAGGUUAUCCAGAAAAUCAGUGCUGUCGAUAAAGAUGAGCCAUCCAAUGGACACCAGUUUUAUUUCAGCUUAACAACGGAUGCAACGAAUAACCACAACUUCUCAUUGAAAGAUAACAAAGACAACACAGCCUCAAUUCUCACCAGGAGAAAUGGCUUCCGGAGACAGGAGCAAUCUGUUUAUUAUCUGCCAGUCUUCAUCGUGGACAGUGGAUCACCAUCACUUAGCAGCACCAACACCCUCACCAUCCGUGUCUGUGACUGUGAUGCAGAUGGGGUAGCCCAGACCUGCAACGCCGAGGCCUACAUCCUCCCUGCUGGCCUCAGCACGGGAGCCCUGAUCGCAAUACUGGCCUGUGUCCUGACGUUACUGGUGUUGAUUCUCCUGAUCGUCACUAUGAGAAGAAGGAAAAAAGAGCCCCUUAUUUUCGACGAAGAGAGAGAUAUCAGAGAAAACAUCGUUAGAUAUGAUGACGAGGGUGGGGGGGAGGAAGACACAGAAGCCUUUGACAUGGCCGCGCUCAGAAACCUCAACGUCCUCAGAGACACCAAGACCCGGAGAGAUGUGACUCCAGAAAUUCAGUUCUUGAGUCGACCGACUUUUAAAAGCAUCCCAGAUAAUGUCAUUUUCCGGGAAUUUAUUUGGGAAAGACUGAAGGAAGCCGACAUUGACCCCUGCGCCCCGCCUUACGAUUCCUUGCAGACAUACGCCUUCGAAGGAAAUGGCUCGGUGGCUGAGUCGCUCAGCUCGCUGGAUUCCAUCAGCUCAAACUCUGAUCAGAAUUACGACUACCUUAGUGACUGGGGACCGCGUUUUAAACGACUCGCAGACAUGUACGGAGCCGGCCCGGAGAGUCUGUACUCAUAGCCCUGGAACGUUAGUUUGAAAUGUACUGAAGAAAAAGUAAAAGCAAAAAACAAAACACCACUACAUACGGAAAACAACUCCACUUGCU